GCAGCUUGGUGUGUAGUGUGUGUGUAUGUGUGUAAGGGGAUUUUAUUUUUUUUUUAUUAUUAUUUGGCUGUUGACAAAGGAAGGUUCAUGAUCUCUGGUGCUCUUUUUUAAUUUUUUUUUUAUUUUUAUUUUUCCAUACAUAAUAAAUCUGUUGAAGAAAUUUAGGGGGUUUUUUUCCCCCCCAAAAAAUAAAAAAAAAAAGCGCGGCUGCAACAAAAACAUACUCAAUGCAGUUAGGAGGAAAAGGUCAACUCGAUCCAAUACAGAUCGAAAACGGUGGACCUGGACUGCAGGGUAUAAACCUGGGGUAGGAAGACCAGAAGAGGUAAAUAAUAAUCAAACAAAAAACACACAAAAAAAAGCCCAACGGAGAUAAACGAAUGUCCCCUCAUCUCCAAAGGAAAGUUCAUCGGAUUUUUAUUCUAGAGAUCUCAUCUUCAGGAUGUCAGUGAACACUUCCACUGCAGGAAAAGGUGUGGAUCCAAACGCGGUUGAUACUUAUGACAGUGGCGAUGAUUGGGAAAUCGGGGUUGGGAAUUUAAUCAUCGAUUUGGACGCGGAUCUGGAGAAGGACAGACAGAAAUUUGAGAUGAAUAAUUCCACCACCACCACCAGCAGCAGCAGCAGCAACGCCAGCUCCAAGGAUUGUGGGGGGCUGGCUUCCAGUGGGGCUAAUGCUCCCUCAGCCUUAGCCGAGGGCCUAAAAUUUGCUUCUGUUCAGCCCCCUGCUCCCCAGGGGAAUGCCUCUCACAAAGAGACUAGCAAAUCAAAAGUGAAAAGGAGUAAAACUUCUAAGGAUGCUAAUAAAUCUCUGCCUUCUGCUGCCUUGUAUGGGAUUCCUGAGAUCAGCAGUGCUGGCAAGAGGCAGGAAGUCCAAGGGCGCCCUGGAGAGGCAACUGGCAUGAAUUCAGCACUGGGUCAAAGUGUGAGCAGCAACCCAAACGGCAAUAAUAACACCACCAGCAACAACAACACUAUUGCCUCUUGCGGGAAAAACAAAGAGGAGAAACCAGGUAAAAACCAGGGCAGCAGAGGCUCCAAGCGGGAUAAGGAUGCGGGGAAAUCCAGGAAGGACAAGCAGCAUGACUUGCAGCAGGGCCACCCCACCGGCGUGGUGGGGGGCAGCAGCCAAGCUCCCCCCGGGCACCUCUAUGGCUUCGGGGCCAAGGGAGGCAGUGGUGGGAGCAGCAGCCCCUUCCACUGCGCCUCCUCCACGGUGGGGGAGGUGAGCAAAAGCUCCCCGGAUUCAGGGUUAAUGGGAAACUCUAUUUUGGUAAAGAAGGAAGAGGAGGAGGAGGAGAGCCACAGGCGAAUCAAGAAAUUGAAAACAGAAAAGGUUGAUCCCCUGUUUACAGUGCCUGCACCUCCACCUCCGAUUUCCAGCAGUAUCACACCUCAGAUUCUGCCUUCCUACUUUUCCCCAUCUUCAUCCAAUAUUGCAGCACCAGUCGAGCAGCUUUUGGUACGGACUCGUUCAGUGGGUGUAAACACUUGUGAAGUUGGAGUAGUAACAGAACCUGAAUGCCUUGGACCCUGUGAGCCUGGCACCAGUGUGAACUUGGAGGGAAUUGUGUGGCAUGAAACCGAAGAAGGUGUCCUAGUGGUAAAUGUUACAUGGCGGAACAAGACUUAUGUCGGGACACUGCUGGACUGCACAAAACAUGACUGGGCCCCCCCCAGGUUUUGUGAAUCACCGACGAGUGACCUGGAAAUGCGAGGCGGCCGGGGCAGAGGAAAGCGAGCAAGGUCUGCUGCAGCUGCAGUUGCACCUGGAAAUGACACUAGCUUUACAGAAGCAAGAGGACUGCAGAAUAAGAACAGAGGCGGUGCCAAUGGGAAGGGAAGGCGGGGUAGCCUUAACUCAAGUGGACGUAGGACACCCCCAAAUUGUGCAGUGGAGGAUGUCAAAGCCAGCCCCUCAUCCACAAAUAAAAGGAAAAACAAGCCUCCAAUGGAGCUAGAUUUGAACUCCAGUUCAGAGGACAAUAAAUCUGGCAAACGUGUUCGUACCAAUUCUAGAAGCACUCCGACCACCCCACAGGGGAAACCUGAGAGUACUUUUUUGGACCAAGGGUGCUCUUCUCCAGUGUUGAUUGACUGCCCUCACCCCAACUGCAACAAAAAGUACAAGCACAUCAAUGGACUACGGUACCACCAGGCUCAUGCACAUUUAGAUCCAGAAAACAAACUGGAGUUUGAGCCUGACAGUGAAGACAAGAUUUCAGACUGUGAGGAAGCAUUAAGUAAUGUGGCACUUGAAUGCAGUGAGCCAAGCACAAGUUUAUCAAGUUUUGAUCCUCUAAAAGCACCAACAUCUCCUUGCUCCCUUAGUACCCCUGGGACACCCAAGGGGAAAAGGGAGUUGACGAAUAAUGGCCCAAGUUCAGUUAUCAAUUCUAAAACAGGCAAGAAUUCUGGGAAAAAGAAGGGUCUGAACAGUGAACUGAACAGCCUCCCUGUAAUUUCUAAUAUGGCAGCCACAUUGGACAAUUGCUCAGUAGCAGACAGUAGUUUGGCUACUGAAAUGCCCAAACUGGAAGCUGAAGGGUUAAUAGACAAGAAAAAUCUGGGGGAUAAAGACAAAGGCAAAAAAGCUACUAAUUGCAAAGUGGAUAAAAACCUUUCAAAACUUAAAACAGCCAGACCCAUUGCCCCUGCUCCAGCUCCUACUCCUCCCCAAUUAAUAGCUAUACCCACUACGGCCUUUACAACCACCACUACAGGGACAAUACCAGGAUUGCCCUCACUAACAACUACUGUUGUUCAGGCUACACCAAAGAGCCCUCCGUUAAAACCUAUUCAACCAAAGCCCACAAUUAUGGGAGAGCCAAGCACUGUAAACCCUGCUCUCACAUCACUCAAAGAUAAAAAGAAAAAGGAGAAGAGAAAGCUAAAAGACAAAGAAAGCAAAGAGACUGGAAGUCCUAAAAUGGAUUCUAAGCUGGGAAAGCUAGAGGAUUCAAAAGGGUCUGGGAAAGAUUUAUCUGGACAUUUUUUAAAGGACCAUCUCAACAAGAAUGAAGUGCUAGCUAAUGGACUGUCAGAGUCUCAAGAGAGCAGGAUGGCAAGUAUUAAAGCCGAAGCUGAUAAGGUUUACACUUUCACAGACAAUGCACCCAGCCCUUCUAUAGGGAGUGCCUCCAGAAUGGAAUGCAGCACUUUGGUGAAUGGACAAUCUUCUAUGGCGCCACUGCAUGUGUUGACACAAAAUGGUGCAGAUAGUGCAACUGCUAAAACCAACAGCCCUGCUUACUCAGAUAUUUCUGAUGCUGCUGAUGACGGUGGUUCUGACAGCAGGUCAGAGGGCAUGAGGUCCAAGGCCAGCUCUCCUUCAGAUAUUAUUUCUAAUAAGGACAGUGUUGUAAAAGGGCAUUCUUCAACCACAGCACAAUCAUCACAAGCAAAAGAGUCCCAUUCUCCCUAUUACCAUGGCUACGAUCCUUAUUAUUCUCCAAGUUACAUGCACUCUGGACAGGUCAGCACCCCUGCAGCUGGGAACAGCAGUGCCCAACAGGGGCUAAAGAUCAAAAAGGAGAGUGAGGAAGAGGCUGAAAAGAAAGAGAAGGCAGAACCACCAGAUUCCAAGAAAAAUGAACCCAAUUCUAAUUUACAGCCACAACACCAGUCAGUAAUAACUCAAAGACAUCCUGCACUUGCCCAGUCACUUUAUUAUGGACAGUAUGCCUAUGGGCUUUACAUGGACCAAAAGUCCUUAAUGGCCUCCAACCCUGCUUACAGGCAGCAGUAUGAAAAAUAUUAUGAGGACCAGAGACUGACAGAACAGAAAAUAACACAAGCAGGGAGAGACUGUGAAAGAAAGACUGAACCCCCAUUAAAGGAGCUAGGAAAGGAUGAUAACAAGCAGAAAAAUAUCCCAUCUGCUACUAUCUCAAAGGCGCCUUCAACUCCAGAGUCAAGCAAAAAUAAUGGUAAAAUAGGGUCAUCAGUCCCUAACAAAACGGAAGAGACAAGCAAGUCACAGAUUCUUUCCAGUCACCAGCAACAGCUUCAGUCAGAUAGCUUCAAAGCCAAACAAAUGGAAAACCACCAGCUUAUAAAGGAAGCUGUGGAAAUGAAGUCUGUCAUGGACUCUAUGAAACAGACUGGAGUAGAUCCUACCACACGAUUUAAACAGCAGGACCCAGAUUCAAGAACAUGGCAUCAUUAUGUCUAUCAGCCCAAAUACCUUGAUCAGCAAAAAUCAGAAGAACUUGAUCGGGAGAAAAAGUUAAAAGAGGACAGUCCUAGAAAAACACCUAAUAAGGAAAGUUCUGUACCGAACCUUCCUGUCUCAUUAGCAAGCAUUAAAGAGGAGCCUAAAGAGGUCAAGCGUUCUGAUUCCCAAUCAGUGGAAGACAGCAAGAUAAAAAAUGAUGAUCGAAAGACUCCUGUAAAUUGGAAGGACUCUCGAGGUGCUAGAGUUGCAGUUUCCUCACCGAUGAGUCAGCAUCAGUCAUAUAUCCAGUACUUGCACGCUUAUCCUUACCCACAGAUGUAUGAUCCCAACCAUCCUGCAUACCGUGCCGUCUCUCCCGUUCUAAUGCACAGCUAUCCUGGGGCCUAUCUCUCUCCAGGAUUUCAUUAUCCUGUUUAUGGGAAGAUGUCAGGGAGAGAAGAGGCGGAGAAAGUCAAUACCAGCCCUAGCAUCAAUGCGAAAUCAACCACUGAAUCUAAAGCACUGGAUUUGCUCCAGCAGCAUGCCAACCAGUACCGCAGCAAGUCCCCUGCUCCUGUGGAAAAAUCGGCAGCUGAGCGUGAGCGGGAAGCAGAAAGAGAGCGGGAUCGUCACUCCCCCUUUAGUCAGCGGCACCUUCAUACGCACCACCACACACACGUUGGAAUGGGUUACCCACUUAUCCCAGGUCAAUAUGACCCAUUUCAAGGGUUGACGUCUGCUGCCCUUGUUGCCACUCAGCAGGUGGCUGCUCAGGCAUCUGCAUCUGGUAUGUUUCCUGCACAAAGAAGAGAAUGAUGAGCUUGGAAAUGUACAUUGUCAUGUGACUGGAUCACAUGAGGAAGCGCUUUAUUACAAACAUCAGUUCCAUGGUGUUAAUUUGAAAUGCCUUAAUGGCAGGCAAAAACCAGUCAUUUCAUUUUUGUAAAUUGCAGAUUUUAUCAGAGUAACAAAUGUUGCUGUAAUUAGACUUCUGUUUUUUAUAUAUAUAUAUAUGCGUAUAUAUAUAUAAAUAUAUAUAUAUAUAUAUUCUUUACUUUUUUGUAUCAGUAACCAGGCUCGCACACAGGGUCUGCUGCUAAGUUGCAAACCACACAGUAAAUGAGAAAUGUAUUUGUCAUGUUUAGAAAGUGUUAACCACAAAAGGCUGUUUGUUUCUUUUCUCCUCUUUUUGCUUUUUAAUUGUAAAUAAAUAAUGUUAUGUAUCAGUGUGCCGGAACCUUGCAUACCCUUCUAAUAUUACCCACAAGCCUUCAGAGAGGCUAACUGUGAUGAUGACACUUUGGUACAAUUUAGAUGUCUAUUUGGUGGCUCCUAUUAAGAUUCAUCAGUGUAAAAUGUUACUGUACUCACUGUUUCAUUGUAAUUGUGUAUUGUGAGAGAUAUACAUUUGGAAGGCAUGGGGUUGCCAGUACCACAAAAACUGUGUUGUACAUAAUGUAUAGAUUUUAAAUGGGGAAAUAAUGAGCAUCUGUGAAUAAUGAAAUGUCUUUUUUGAUAAUCUUGAAUGGCAAAUAACCCAAUAGCCUGCAUACCAGAAGACAUCUGUGAUUGUUCUAUUACUUGAAUAGUCCUGCAGUCUUUUUUUUAAUGUUUACAAUUAUCCAGUUUUAGAAGAGAGACUUUAAUGCCAUUGCCUGGUUACUUGUUUUAUGCUGUAAUCUAGUUUAUUUUAUGUAAAAUGUAUAUUGAAUGCUUUCAUUUUUAUACCUGCCUUAAAUAAUUUGGCAAUCAGAAUAAAA